AUGGAAAAAGUCAAGUUUGUGUGUUAUUUUGUUUUAGUGUUGGUUUUAAAGUUUAGUUUAGUGUGUAGUCAGUAUGUUCAAUCACCGUGUCCCGGUAUAUUUGACUAUGAAAGCGAUGAUAGCGGUAUUUAUGGAAGAAUUGUUGUAAGACCUGGAACACCUGUAUCGCAAUUAGUUGUUCAAAUUAAUUUCACAGUAACGGUGCAACUUUUUUCCGACUACUAUGGCAGUUUGGAGCUGGCAAACGAAAGGUUUGCUCUGAGGGACUACAACCAAGGGUCACCAAUGCGAUACAGGGUUCACUUCCCCGUAACCUCACCUCUCCCUCGUGUUACUUGGCUCGCCGUCAACGGAGAAACUAUAUGCGCCGGACCUGGAGAUGUCCUUCGACCAAACCGGUACCUCACGACGUUCAGCCUCCAGCACACUUCGUUCAUCGGAGUACGUCCUCCAGUGUCUCGGCCGCAAACACAAAGUAAUUUUGUCAAUGAUUUCGGCGACAAUCAAGUUUACACCAUCCAUGGUAUUGACAAUAAUUGGAAUAACGUUAACGUCGUAGUACCACUGGAUGACAAGCAGAGCAGACCAGUAUACGAACAAACUUCGAGACCUUCGUCGCCAUUCCUCAUUACUCAGAAUUUCAAUGACAAUUCCGAAGAUAGACCUCAGAGACUACCCCAAAGACCCCCCCAGAGGCCACCUCAGAGACUUCCAGUCAACAGAAUUCCGAACAGACCUGUGAUCCAACAACCUACGCUACCUGUAUAUGAAGAACCCGUGACACAAGACAUAAGACCGCAGAGACCUAUUGAAGAUACCUUGUAUUAUCCUGAAGAGUCAGUUACUCAAGCUGCAAGACCUGCUAGGCCAAGACCAGUAAAUCAGCAAACACCUUCCUCUUCAAACAUAGAAUGUGGCGUAGUAGGUGGUAAGAUUCCGCUUAUAGUUCAAGGAACCCCCUACAAUAGGGGCGAUGUACCGUGGCUCGUAGCUAUCUACAGGAACACACGGAACGACCUAGCUUUUAUCUGUGGUGGUACUCUUGUCUCGGAUAGACAUGUUAUUACUGCUGCGCAUUGCAUGCAUCUGCGGUCAGUGCGAACCUCAUACCAGAACAUGUUGGUUAAGAUUGGGGUAUACGAUUUGAGCGCCUGGGAUGACGACAUUACGGUGACUAGAACUCUGAUUGACGCCAAAAGUCACGAGGCUUACAAUUCUUCUUCACUUGAAAACGAUAUCUUGAUUCUUACGUUGAGGCUACCGGUAAAGUUCAACGAAUAUAUUAGACCAGCCUGUCUAUGGAGCGGCGACACUACCCUACAACGGGUCGUCGAUACUUCUGGAAUUGUCGCAGGCUGGGGAGAACAGUACAACGGCGGACCGAAAGCAGGCAUACCAAAUUUGGUUCACUUGCCUAUCGUGAGUACUGACACCUGCCGUGCGAAAAAUGCGGCGUUCCACCAACUCACCUCUAGUCACACUUUAUGUGCAGGAGACCUUAAAGGUUCAGGGCCUUGUAAAGGUGAUUCUGGUGGCGGUCUAUACAUACAACACGAAGGCAAGUGGAGGCUCCGCGGCGUAGUCUCCAUAUCGCUUCGGACUGAUGAUGGCAGGUGCAAUCUACAGGAAUACCUUGUUUUCACUGAUACGGCUCAGUAUUUACCCUGGAUCAGACAAAUACUACAAGCCUAA